GCAAGAGAGUGAGUGGGAGAGGCAGCAGCGUCAGGCAGAGUUGCAGCCACUCCCCUGCCGUGCUCAGCCUCCCCUGGAGAUGGAUCCUGCUGGCCAGACCCCCGUGGGGACCCUCCCCAGGGACGAGAGCCCCGAGAUGGAUCUGUCCCACCGGUUCUCCAAGGCAGAGCUGGACCAGCUCUAUGAGGAGGUUCUUUACACCAUCCGGCACCGCCUGGGCAAGCCCGAGCCCCACCAGGUUGCAGACUCCCAGGAGCUCUACUCCUACGUGCAAAAGGCUUUCGGCAUGGAUGCGAAGGAGCACAGUGUCAUCAUGCAGCAGGUCAUGGAGCUGGAGAGCCCAAUUUAUUGCCUGAAAGCAACUGUGAAGGAAGCCAAGGGGAUUUUGGGCAAAGAUGUCAGUGGCUUCAGCGACCCAUACUGCCUGCUGGGCAUCGAGGCCAAGAGCCAGGAGCCAGCCCACCCUGACCACAGGAAGAGGAUGAAGGCUGUGGUCAAAGACCUCAUCCCUGAAGACCAGAUCCAUCGCACACAAGUCAUAAGCCAGACCCUCAGCCCGGUGUGGGACGAGACGUUUAUCCUGGAGUUUGAAGAUGUGGAGACAGCCAGCUUCCACCUGGACAUGUGGGACUCGGACAUGGUGGAGUCGAUGCGGCACAAGCUGGGGGAGCUGACGGACCUCCACGGCCUCAAACGGAUCUUUAAAGAUGCUCGCAAAGACAAAGGGCAGGAUGAUUUCCUGGGAAAUGUGGUCCUUCGCCUAAAGGACCUGCACUGCUGGAAUGACCAGUGGUACCAGCUGGAGCCACGGACCGAGACGUAUCCCAACCGGGGAGACUGUCACCUGCAGUUCCUACUGACCCACAAGAAGAGGGCCACCACGAGCAGCCGGACACAGCCGAGCUACACCGUCCAUCGCCACCUCCUGCAGCAGCUGGUGUCCUAUGAGAUCCUUCAGCACCAGGCCAGGAGCAUCUCCUGGGACGGGGAGCUGAGCAGCCACGCCAGCACCGUGCUGUACCUGCACGCCACACAGAAGGAUCUCUCCGACUUCCACCAGGUCAUGGCGAAGUGGCUGGCAUACAGCAAACUCUACCAGAGCCUCGAGUUCAACAGCAACUGCCUCCUGCACCAGAUCACCAGCAUCGAGUACCAGUGGGCACAGGAGCGCCUCAGGCCAGAGCAGAAAGCAGAGCUGGCCGAGUCCUUCCAGUCCUUGCUGACCUAUGGGGUCUCCCUCAUCCGGAGGUACCGCAUCAUUUUCCCCCUCUCUGUCCCGAGGUCCAAGGAGAGGCUCCAGUCCCUGCUCCGGGUCCUGGUCCAGAUGUGCAAAACAAAAGCUUUCCAUGAGUUGUGCACGCUCAGCCCUGACCUGCCCCAGAUGAUCUCCACGGCACUGAAGUCAGGCACGACAGAGUGGUUUCACAUGCAGAAGGAGCACCUCAAGCCCAUAGUGAAGAGCAUGGAGGAGAACGGAAAAGCCUUGUCCAGACUCCUCCUGGAGGUGAUAGAAGAUCUCCAGCAGUGCCACAAAAUCUGGAAUAAAUUCUUCAUUAACACCUUCAAGUUGAAUAUCUUCUCCAUUGCCUACCUGGAGCUGGAGAGCCUGGUUGCGGAACAUGUCCAGGAGCAACUGCACGAGGUCGACAGCAGCAUGUCCAAGCCCACAGCUGAGAGCCUUUUCCAGCUCUACAUGAACCUGCAGGAGCUCUAUCGGAUGAAGGACUUCCUCCCGAGGAGGGAUGGACCUCUGGCUCUGAGCAAUUUCCACCAGUGGUUCAAGGAAGCUGUGCCCCAGUGGCUACAAAAGGCCUACAACACUGCGCUGGAGAGGGCUCAGAGAGCUGUCCAGAUGGACCAGCUGAAGCCCUUUGGGGAGCACAACAAGCACAGCACCUCCACUGUUGACCUGUCCACCUGCUAUGCCCAGAUAGCGAAGACCUGGCAGCAGCUCAACUGGCCAGACCCCGAGGAAGCCUUCAUGAUCAUGGUGAAGCUCGUGGAGGAUAUGUGCAAAAUCUCCCUGAUGUACUGCCGGCUCAUCAAGGAGAGGGCUGAGGCUCUGUCCCUGAGUGAGCAGAAUGAGGGCGAAGCAGCCAACAGGCUCUGCAUCGUGGUGAACAACAUCAAGCAGCUGCGGGUGCUGAUCCUGAGGCUCCCGACGCAGCUGGACUGGGCGCAGCUGGAGCAGCGCACGGGGGCCGUCAUCGACCGGCAGCAGAUCCAGCACACGCUGCACCACCAGCUCGACAGCACCGUGUCCUGCCUGGACCACGAGGUCCGGGACGUGGUGCAGGCCCUGGCCACCAAGCUGGAAAAGGGCAUUGCCAGACAUAUCCAGGAGCUCUCAUCUUCCAAUAAUACCAAGGAGCCUGAGGAUUCCAUCAUCCCACUCAUGAAGUUCCUGGAGUCGGAACUGCAGUAUCUCAACGAGCAUCUGGUCCAGGAGAACUUCAAAAGCCUCCUCACUCUCCUCUGGCACCACACCCUGUCCGUGCUCUCGGCAGCAGCAGCACCACAGGUCCCCUCAGCCCAGCACUACAAGAGGCUGCACUGUGCCCUGAAGAGCCUGGAGCUGUGCUUCUACGGCGAGGGCUGCGGGCUGCCGCUGGAGAUCCUGCACACUGCAGCCUUCCUGUCGCUGGAGACCCACCUGGCCCUCUGCUCCGCCAGCAGCCGCAAGCUCAUCCAGAAAUACUUCAGCAACAGGAUCAAGCAGCAGCUGGACACGAGCUCGGAGAAGUUUGGGGCCGUGACGAUCAAGGCUCUGUACCGCCCUUCGGAGCAGAAACUCCGCGUGGAAGUGCUCAACGCUGCCAACCUCAUCCCGCUGGACUCCAACGGCUCCAGCGACCCCUUUGUCCAGCUCACCCUGGAGCCCCGGCACGAGUUCCCCGAGGUGGUGGCCCGGACCACCCAGUGCAAGAGGAACGAGCUGCACCCCCUCUUCGACGAAGCCUUUGACUUCUUGAUCCCCCCGGAGAAGUGCCGGCAGGAGGGGGCCUGUCUGCUGCUGACCGUGUUCGACUACGACACGCUGGGGUCCAAUGACCUGGAGGGCGAAGCCUUCUUCCCCCUCUGCCACCUGCCCGGCCUCAAUGAUGAUGAGGACGAGGCUGACAUGGGACGGGUGCCCCAGACCCGCCUCCCCCUCACUCACCCCAAACCCACUGGGGACGAGAUCCUCCGGCUGCUGGAGUCCAGGAAAGGGGACAAAGAGGCUCAGGCCUUUGUUAAGCUCCGUAAGCAACGAGCCAAGCAGUCCAAGGAGACACAGUCCAAGGAGGCAGAGUGAGGGAGGCAGAAGAAGAGGGUCCUGAAAUGAGGGGUCUGGCCAGUGGAUCCCAGGAGAUUUGUGGUGCUGGAGCAAGAGCCAUCCGCAGGGAUUAGGGGGGACAGAGAGGACCUCUGUGCCCCCCAUCACCUCCCAGCACCCAUCUCACCCCCACCUUUGGGAAGCAACACUCCCGUGAGCCUGGGGAGGGUGGGCACAUGGAUUUCAGGGGAUUUCUUCACCUGCCUGGACUAGGAACACUACACGAGGGAUGUGAAAGACUGUGACUGUCCCUGCCUGUUCCUCAGGAGCUUGUCACUGCCUGUGCCACAUCUCCUGGCCCGGUCCCCAACCCUCCUGCCUGCAACAGGCAUCAGGGCAGUGCAAACACAUCCAAGUUGAUUCAGUCUGAGUGCAACCAUGUCCAAAGCUGCCUUCAUUUUAUUUUUUUUUUUUUUUACUGUUUUAAAUCUUUUUUCCCCUCUUUUUCUUGUGGAUAAGCCUCUUAUUUUAAAUGAAAAGCUACAAAGCUGAUGCGUGGGUUGAGUCUGUGCAGUGGCCCUGUGCUGGGGGCAGCUGUGGCAGCAGCACGGCAGGGUGGGACCAGGCAUUUGGGAUGUAGUGGGAGCUGCUGAAAUGUGUAUAGCUCUUGUGUCUGUUUUUUUAUUUAUUUUUUUUUUUUAUUUUACCACCAAUUGUAUCCACCUGCUGGAGCUGAGGGAGCCUGGGCAGCAAUAAAGAACAUCGCAGUGCUGGCAGCCAAACCAGGAGGCACUUGGGCUGCUGGAGGCCAGACACAGGGGGCAGGUCCCCAGUGUCACCUCCAACCUCUGCCAGGGAUCUGGGUCCCUCUGGAAGUGCUGGGAAGCUCUGCAGGGUGCCUCCAUGUGGGAUGGCCCCGUGUGACAGCAAAUAUGCCUGGCAGGACAGGUCGUUGUAACUAUUUGCUGGGGGUUUUUUGGUGUUUGUUUUAGCUGCAAUAAGUACUAAUUACAGACCUGGAGCUCCCUCUAUCUCCACCCUGCAAGGGGGCGGCUGUGUUUGAGCUGCAGAGGGUCCCUGGGAGCUGCCCAGGGUAUUAAAAGCAUCACCCUCACGGGUGCCUGAGCAGCAGCUGCUCCCUCGGUGGGCAGAGCAGCCGCUGGGUCAGUUCAGGUCAAAUCCUGGAUGCGGGGGUGGGAAGAAAAAAAAAAGCUCCUUUGGUAUCUGUGUGACAGACAGAGCCCACAGCAGGAGGGAUUAAGGCUCCCAAGGAAGCCAGUUGCUGGCUUAGAUCACUCGUUUCAGUGCAGAGAAAUAAUAUUCCAGAGACAGGUCUGGGAUUGCAGAGAAUCUGUCCCGAGGGGGGUCAUUUCAGCUGGGUUCAGCACCCCAAGCCUGAGCUCUGCAGCUCAUUUGGAGUUGGCACCUGUUAACAACCAACCUCAUGCUUUAUUACAAGGCUUAACUCUACGAGGCUGUAGGUCUGAACGUGUUUUUAGCUUAUUUUUUUGCUCUUUGUUUAAAAAUCACUAUGCUCUAACUCACCCUGGGCUGCCACCACCCGUGUGUCCCAGUGAGCAGGUGCCACGGGCUGACCUCUGUUUUGAGGUUGUUUGCACUGUAUUAUUCAAGGUGUUUCAGCUUAAUUUUUCGCUCAGCUCCAGGCAGUUGGGUGGGUCUUCUCCCACCCCUGAAGAAAUUGUAUCUUUUUUACAGAGAAGGACUAAUAAUCCUUAAUCAAUCAGGGCGUCACUAACCCCACGGACCAGAGAACAGCCCAAGCAUGAGAAAAUAUGGCUUGAAGCACAAAAAACCAGCUCCUGCUAAAUGCAAGACUGAGGAGGAGGAGGAAGAAAUCAUCAUCCUCAUCCUGGUGAAGAACCUGACACAGACAAAUUGCUGGAACACAAGAGGGAAGGGGACUGAUUUACUGAUUUUUAUUGUGUUACUAAUAGUCUCUAAUAUAAACUGGGUGAUUCAGAUUAUUGUUGCGAUUGGACUGAUGGGAAGUAGUUGACACAUCUUUGAAGCACUAAUUAGACCCAAACUAAAAGGUAAUUCUUGGAUCCAUAGGUAAGGCACGUUCUUUUUGGUGCCAACACACGAAACUCGUUUGCAUCUGCUGCGCAGGCACAGAGGUACUGGCUCACCUCUGCCCAGCCUGGCUCUUCCAGGACAGAAAUCCAUGCCCAGUUCAAGAAUCUGGGUGAUAAAACCACUCUUUUUUUUUUGUGGUUUUGCCAUUUCAGGGGUCUCUGACCAACCUACCUGCACCCCACCGACGUUCCCCCUUUUCCACAGCACCUCGAUGAGAAAGGUGAAAGGUAACCCCCUGAAAAAGGGGCUUGAUCCAGAAGGGAGCUCAGGGAGAAAUUAACUCUUGGUUGUGUGAAAGGGAAAAGGCAAAACUGGCCAUGGAUCUGCUGUUUUGAGGGCUCCACAGCCCAGACUUCCCCACCCUC